UUUCUGAACAAAAAUUUUACUAUUUCUGAAAUAGAUAGUAAAAGCGUGAUACUAUAGGAUAUUUAAUAUGAUCCGCGUAGCCGAUGUAACAAAACAUCCUGGCUGGCUGUUGCUGGAGCACAAGAGAUGCGGCAAUUCUAACACCGAUCGCAUUAUCGGUGGCAAGAAUGCAAGUCUCGGCGCGUAUCCUUGGAUCGCGAGAAUAGGAUAUGGCAUACCUGGCACCGACGAGAUAUUAAGUUACAGAUGCGGUGGGACUUUGAUCAAUUCGUUAUACGUGGUCACCGCAGCUCACUGCGUGAUGAAUCUGCCCGAAAAUUUCAAGGUCAGUGGAAUCCGUUUGGGCGAGCACAACACUUUGACUGAUCCCGAUUGUGAACUCGAUUAUUGUGCUGAGCCAGUGCAAGAUUUUGUACCGAAAUCGAUAAUCGCUCACAAAGAUUACAAUAAGCCGAUGUUCAAGAAUGACAUUGCUAUAAUACGGUUGAACAAACCGGCGGUUUACAACGAGUUUGUAAAGCCGAUAUGUAUGAUGAGCGGUGAACUUAUACAGAAGAACUUCAUCGGCGAAAUGGCGGAAGUCGCCGGUUGGGGGAUAUACGAUAUCAAUGACCCGCAGUCCAGCACGAUCCUGCAAACGAUCAAAGUACCAAUCGUCAAAAUGAACAGGUGUGUGCAGUCCUUUAAGAACUUCGCGGUGAUGUCGAAGCAGCAUCAGAUGUGCGUAGGCGGUAUCCUGGGUGAGGAUUCUUGCGGGGGUGACAGCGGCGGACCCCUAAUGAAGGUGCAGACCUUGGACGGACGGACUAGAUAUUACUUCAUCGGCGUCGUCUCCUUCGGUGCGAAAGCCUGCGGCGCCUCUCAGACUCCAGCCAUCUACACCAAGGUCGCUGCAUAUACUACAUGGAUCCUGGAACAUAUAUCCCCGUGAUAUAAGUCUGACAGGAUAGUUCACUCUAAUUAAAAUAGUGAAAACAAAAUUUGAAAUUAGUCCACUCGGCUUUUUAUUUCGUGAGAAGAAUAAAGAGCGGCUCGCGUUAAGAAUAGUUUUAUUUAGCAGUACAAUCAUUUUUAUUUAGAAUAUCGUCGGGAUAGUGAAGUCAUCGAAACGAUAUCUCGUAUUUAAUUGAUGAGAAUUUUUGGAAUUAAUUAUCUUAAACAUGUGAAAAUUUCUCUUGUUAUUAAAUAUAAAGAUGAAUUAUAAUUAAAAAGCCAAGUGAAUAAAAACUGACAAAGGAAAUCGUUUUAUCUUGCCACGUGCAACCAAUAAAAAUCAAAUAAAAACUGCAAGAUUUUUUUUAUUCCGCAAACGAUCGUGUUUGAUCGCGCUCGGAAGCAAUUAUCCUCGAAAGUCGAUUGUAGAAAUCGCACUUAAUAACAAACCUCGCAGGACUUUGCUAAAUCUGCAAUCAUCUAAUCAUUUAAUUAUUUAUGAGGUAAUUAGUAGCAAGAACCACGUGGGAAUAAAUUAAACGGUAAAUCCAGUUUUAUUAGAAUUUACAUCGAUUGCAAUAUUCGAUUCUUUCCGCGAGAUUCACGUCAUAUAUAAAUACAUUAAUACAUUAAUAUAUCAUACUAAAUACAUAAAGAAGUCGGGAUGUUCCCGUUUUGCAUCGCAUGAUCUAGAUUGCAUUCGAUUACGCACGCAAUAUUGCGGAGAGCUCUGGUUUUUUUUUCUUCAACAUAAAAUCUAUCGCAGAUUGAAUCAUUUUUUCGCGGAAGCGCACGCGACCGUGACAAUUAAAUAUGCGACAAUAUAAUUGGAAAUAUACAGAGUUUUAAUCGUAAAUCUAAAAUGCGGCUAGAAUAUUCGAUACAAUCUCUUUCUGUAUGUUUUGAAAUGCGCUCUGUGAAUUUUUAGUAUACACGAUAAAGUUUCUCAACGUGAUGUGGAAAUACAUAAAAUGUUGAGCCAUAUGAUUUAAUGCCAAUAUUAAUGCGGUUUUAAUGUUUCUAAAGUGCACAAACAAACUUUAUAGUUCUAUUUAAUUGGCAGCUAUACAUAUAUAUAUGUUUGACAGCUUUUGCGAUCCACUGUAUAUUAUAACACAAUUUGCAUUAUGCCACUAUGAAUUAUAUGUUAUGAGAUAACGCGCGUAUUAAGAUAUCAAUUGCUACUUUGACUCGAUCAAGAGAAUUAUUGAUGACUUUAUAUAUAACGCUACUGAUAAAAAAAUGUUAAGAUUUACAAUCAUAAGACUUUACAAUCGUAAUAUUCUUGCCUACAAUUCAGAGAUUAAUUCCAUGAGCUCGAAAUCAUUGAUAGUGAGAUUGACUAAUGACGUCACGAUGGUUUUCCUUCUCUUCUUCAAAUUUUAAGUUUAUUAUUAACGUCAUGAAUGCGUGAGCAAACAGGUUCUUUAAAAUCUAUGCGUCAUGGAAGAUAAAAGGAAAAUCGGAAAGCAGUUAUUGGGUUCACUUAAAUGUCUCCAGAUCUCAUAAGAUUUUUUAACAUUUCAAGAUAUGUUAAUUUUAUAUGUUUCAAAUAUUAAAAUUAUGACAAAUUGGUAAAGAACUGGAACAAAUUAAUUGAUCAUUAGUUUACUUAUGUAAAUAUUAAAAAGAUGUAUGAAGUUUUGUAUUGAUUUUGACAAGAAAGUAAGGAGAGAUAACGAGGAAAAUACCACCGGCUUAUAAAUCAGAAGCGAAUUGAUUGUAGUAUUUACGUAGGAAAGGUCCUAGUUAAUAAGGUUGAAAUCAUCGUAACAUCGAGAUAACAAUAAUACAGAUAAUAUUAAUUUCAUAUCGUUCAAAUAAAUUGUAUCUGUCAUUGCGAUUCUCACAUAUACGAAAAAUAAUCAUGGUAUCUGGAAAGAAAAUAUAAUGAAUAAGACAUAACAUAUAAUAAAUGCAAAAUAAAAUACAAUAAAUAUA